UAUUCAACCAGUCAAUUGCUCUAUGCAUCACACUCCUCUCCUUCAAAUGAGACCCUUGUGCCGUCUUCAUCUUCCAAAUCGAGGUCUCUUCAAUGGCUUCUCUCUGCUCUAUCACACUCUCCAAAACCAAACCAGGUCAUUCUCUUCUUCUUCUUCUUCUUCAACCCCUGUGUCUGACUCAUUCGACAUAGCUAGGGUUUCUGACCUCAUAACAAACCAACGCUGGUCUGACCUCAAAACCCUAACCAACCAAACAAACCCUAACUCCUUCCUUCACCUACUCUUUGAAUCUCAACAACUCGACGACUCCGAUGUACUUCUCGGUUACUUCAAAUGGUCUGAGAAGGAAUUUAGGGUUUCACACAGUCUCCAACUCUAUUGUAGACUGUUUCAUUUGUUGGCCAAUUCAAAAAAGUAUGCAAAACUUAGGGCUUUAUUGUAUGAUUUUGUUAAGAAUGGAAUGCACUCGAAUUCUUCGAUUUUUCAUUUGCUUUCAAUGUCUGGUAAUGGGUUUUGUGCUAAUUCAAUUAUUGUUGAUAUGCUAAUACUGGCCUAUGUAAAGAAUUCGAAAACGGAUUUGGCAUUUGAGGCUUUCGAGAGAGCCGGAGAUUAUGGGUUUAAGUUAUCGCUGUUGUCGUGUAAUCCCAUGUUGUGUUCUUUGGUUAAGGAGCAUAAAUUUCGGGUUCUUGAGAUUGUGUAUAAGGAGAUGAUUAGGCGGAGGGUUGAGCUUGAUGUGAUUACUUUCAAUACUGUGAUUAAUGGGUUUUGUAAGGUAGGGAAGUUGCAGAAGGCAGAGGAUGUUGUUGAGGAUAUGAAGGUGAGGGGGUUUUCGCCUACAGUAGUUACUUAUAAUACCCUUAUUGAUGGGUAUUGCAAGAGAGGUAGGGGAGGGAAAAUGUUCAAAGCCGACAGACUUUUGAAGGAAAUGGUUUCGAAAAAAAUUUACCCAAAUGAGAUUACUUUCAACAUUCUGAUUGACGGGUUCUGCAAGGAUGAAAAUGUAUCUUCUGCCAUGAAGGUGUUCAAGGAAAUGCAAGAGCAGGGUUUGAGGCCUAAUGUUGUCACAUAUAAUUCCUUGAUUAAUGGGCUAUGUAGUGAGGGGAAACUUGAUGAAGCUCUUGGUUUGCGGGAUCAGAUGGUGGGGUCAGGUUUGAAGCUGAAUAUUGUUACUUGUAAUACCCUUAUCAAUGGGUUUUCUAAAAAGAAAAUGUUGAAGGAAGCUAGAGAUUUGUUUGAUGAUAUUGUUGAACAAGGAUUGGAUGCAAAUGCUGUAACAUUUAAUACCUUGAUUGAUGCUUACUGUAAAGCUGGGAGAAUGGAAGAAGCAAUUGCAUUGCGUGAUUUGAUGCUGGACAGAAUGUUGUUUCCUGAUGUUUCGACCUAUAAUUGCUUAAUUGGUGGUUUUCUUAGAGAGGGAAACAUGGAAGGCGCUAGUAAGCUUAUAGAUGAACUGGAGAAUAAGGGUUUGAGAGCUGAUCUUAUAACAUAUAACAUACGUUUAGAUGCAUUGUGUAAGAAAGGGGAGUCAAAAAAGGCAGCUAGACUUUUGGAUGAAAUGUUUGGGAGGGAUGUGAUUCCUAAUCAUAUGAUCUACAAUACUUUGAUAGAUGGUUAUUGCAUGGAAGGCAACCUCAGGGCUGCUUUGAAUAUGAGGACACGCAUGGAGAGAGAUGGGAAGCGGGCAAAUGUUGUAUCAUAUAAUGUAUUGAUUAAAGGUUUUUGCAAGAAGGGUAAGCUGGAAGAAGCAAAUGGGCUUCUUAAUGAGAUGUUAGAGAAGGGUUUGGUUCCAAAUCGAACAACCUAUGACAUAGUUAAGGAGGAAAUGAUGGAGAGGGGAUUCGUUCCAGAUAUAGAUGGGCAUUUGUAUAAUGUUUCCAUUAACUCUUAAUGCUUACAGGGGAAGUUGAACUGGUUCUGCAGACCCUAUUUUGGGUUUUCAUGUUGCAGGCAUACAUGUUUGAGUCGAGUCCUUGUGGGAUUUUGUUUAUGGCUCAAGAUUAGAUGCUUUUUGGAUUGAGGUGAUUCUUGCUCCAAAAAAUGCUGAAGAUCAGUCAUGCUUAUUGUAUUAUCACUAGGAAUACAACACAACAGUAUAAAACAUUCAGGGUUUUUAUUCCCUUCUGAUUCAGCCUUCAGAUCACCAUGGUCGUCUGAAGAAGAGAUUUCCAACGGUAUGAACUCUCUCUCUCUCUCUCUCUCUCUCUCAGUGAGUCUCUUCGAAUCAUUCAUUCGUAUCUCAACUUAUUUAUCUCUCUAGUUCAAUCACUUGAACUCACUGAACUCACUAUAAUUCGUACUCAACUUCUUCAUCUGAACUCGCUGUAAUUCGAUCACUUUUUGGUCAAUCUAUUGAUUUUUCCACCAGGUAGUCUGAUUCUGGAAACAAGCUUUGGUUUGAAUCAAUCCUUCCUCGUCUGCUACAGUUUCUUCACACAAUCAAUGCCCAGAAAUGAAUUGUGAACAUUCAUGAAUCUAAGAAAGUCAUUCCCAGUGCACAAGAUCUGCAUCAAAGCUUGGGAGAGGCGGUAGUUGUGUGGCUGCCUAACAUGUCUAUGGGGCUGCAGCAGCAGGUGUCUGCACUUAGUUGGCUGCCUAAGAUGUCUAUGGAACUGCGUAACAUUUUACUUUAUUUCAUUUAUUUAUUUUUUUCCUGGAGGAGAAUAUUAAAAUAUGUACUUGGAAUUCACAAUGUGUAUUGGAUGUUAUGUUUUUAGCUAUCCUAAGUGCUUGAUGUGAAUUAAAAUGUUUUUUUUUUUUUUGGUAACCCAAUUAUAGCAAACUGAGAUCUCAUGUUUGCUGGUUCUUGUGUGGUUAUCUAGGGUCAACAUAAAUGGAUCUGAUCGUGGCGUUAAAUUUAUUUGAUGCAACUUUGUGCUUAUUCAUUGAUUAUAAA